GGCAGCAGCAGCGCUGUGUUGAAAACCAACAGCAGUAUGAGGGAAGAACUAAUGGUCAGGUGUGCUGUUGCGGUAUGACCGUUAUCGACCAGACAUGUCCAUCGUCACCGUCCAGCUCGGCCAGUGCGGUAACCAGGUGGGCCAGGAGUUGUUUGACACCCUGUGCAGCGAUGCUGAGGCGGGACAGGGGAAAGCCUACAGCGCAGCCAGCUGGGAGCGCUUCUUCCACCAAACUACACAAGGAGAGCUGGAGGCCAGGGCGGUGCUGAUUGACAUGGAGCCCAAAGUGAUCAACCACAGUAUGGCCAAGGCUGCCAAAACAGGCAGGUGGAGGUAUGGAGGAACUUCACACUUCAGCCAGAAGCAAGGCUCUGGAAACAACUGGGCUAAUGGGUAUUGUGUGCAUGGUCCUCGUCACAGAGAUGUGGUGGAGGAAAUGGUGAGGCGAGAGGUGGAGCGCUGUGACAGACUUGCGGGUUUCCUGGCCAUGAUGAGUGUUGCAGGGGGAACAGGGUCGGGAGUGGGUACUUACAUCACUCAAUGUCUCAGAGACACUUACCCAGCAUCCUUCGUCCUCAACCACCUCACUUGGCCGUAUGGGACCGGUGAGGUGAUUGUCCAGAACUACAACUCAGUACUGACACUAGCUCAUCUCUACCAACUCUCAGACGCCAUCCUGGUGCAUGAGAAUGACACGGUGCACCGAGUCUGCAGUCAGCUGCUCAACAUCAAACAAAUCUCCUUCAGUGAUAUCAACAGGGUUAUUGCUCACCAGCUGGGCAGUGUCCUGCAGCCUGCACUCACUCCCGACUCCCAUGGAGUCUGCAGCAGAAAUCCUAUUGGUGAGCUGGUGAGCGCUCUGGCUUGCCACCCGGAGUACAAGCUGCUCAGCGCGUGUAGCAUCCCUCAGAUGGCCAGCUCCUCUGUGGCCUACAGCACGUUCAGCUGGCCGGGGCUGCUCAAACAUCUGCGACAGAUGCUCAUCUCCAACACCAAGAUGGAGGAGGGUAUAGACUGGCAGGUGAAUCCACCUCCUGCCUCUGGUCCGGUACGGAGUCUCCCAGGAGGCAGUUUUAACACCUCACUGGCAAACCUGCUCAUACUAAGAGGAAAAGAUGUCUACCAUGCAGAGACAGGAGGCUUUGAAGAGCCAUCCAUCUACACUUCCUGGCUCGCACCCAAAGAUGCUUUCAGUUUGUGGAAAUCCCCAGUUCCUUUUAACAAGUAUGAAAAGUCUGCUACGCUGGUUAGUAACAGUCAGGCUCUGCUAAGACCUUUGGAUGACAUGGUGAGAAAAGCAUGGAAUAUGUUUGCCUCUAGAGCUUACGUCCAUCAAUAUAUUAAAUACGGCAUCUCAGAAGAGGACUUUCUCGACAGCUUCACGUCUCUUGAGCAGGUCAUCUCCAGCUACCGCCAGCUGCAACGAUAGCAGCAGGAGCAGCUACCGUCAACUUUUAUAAGAUUUUACUUGUAAUUAUUUUGUCUCUCUAUGCAUUUAAAUAAAAUCAAUUAACAAUUAUUUUACUUUAUUGAAGGAAAAUUGUUAGGUUCAAUGUUCUACCCAAGACACACAGCUGUGUUGGAGAUGCAUGUGGAUGGUCAGCUGCUGGAACUGAAAA